UUCAAUUUCAAUCGUCCAAACAGUAAAAUGCUGCAGCAUAAUUGCUUUAUACCUAUCUCUAUCUUGUGUGUAUUAAUGAUUUUAAACUGUUGUCUUGGACUAUUCAAUCCGUAUCCUAAAAUUCAAGAUCACAAUAUCCAAAGUGGAGGUGAUGAUCCAGGAGAGCCCUUAAUCUUGACGGAUUAUAUAAAGGCAGGUAAAAUUAAAGAAGCUCGUGAUGCAUGCAAAAUGACACCGAUGAAAAGCAAUAUCUCUAGUUAUGCAGGUUUUUUUACUGUUGAUUCUAGAUUUAAUUCAAAUAUGUUUUUCUGGUUUUUUCCUGCUUACCAAAAUAACGCUUCUGCCCCGGUUAUUCUUUGGCUUCAAGGUGGUGCAGGCGCAACAUCACUGUACGGAUUGUUUGCCGAACAUGGGCCAUUUUCUAUUAAAAAGAAGCACGGACUCAAGUUACGUGAGUAUACUUGGACUCAUGAUCAUAAUGUUAUCUAUAUUGAUAAUCCAGUGGGCACUGGGUUCAGUUUUACAAAUGACAAUGGCUAUGUUAGAAACGAGACUCAAGUUGGUCAGCAUCUGUACGUAGCUUUGUAUCAGUUUUUUCAAGUUUUCCCAGAGUACAAAAAUAAUGAUUUUUUCGUCACAGGGGAAUCUUAUGCCGGUAAGUAUGUACCUGCCGUAUGUGACACAAUCCACACCAUGAACAAAAGAACAAUCAAUAAAAUAAAUCUAAAAGGAUUGGCUAUUGGCAAUGGUUUUUGUGAUCCCGAACACAUGAUGCAGUAUGGCAACCGUUUGUAUCAGAUCGGAUUGCUUGAUAGCAAUGGCAGAGAUUUUUUUCUUAAAAAAGAACAAGAUAUCGUAAAAAGUAUCCAGCAAAAGAAUUGGGAAUCCGCCUUUAAUCAAUAUGAUGCCUUGUUAAUGGGCGAUCUAACCAAUGGAACUUCUAUUUUCAAAACUUUAACAGGUUUUUCAUUUUAUUUCAACUUUCUGUACAACCAAGACUACAGCACUUACGGAGAUAUGGGACGAUUUCUCUCUCUUGUAAAUAUCAGAAAAAACCUCCAUGUUGGGAAUGCCAAAUUUAAUGUCCAAUCUGUCGAUGUUGAAAAAAAUCUUAUUGAAGAUUUCAUGCAAUCUGCAAAACCGACAAUUGAAAAACUUCUGAAUGCUGAUUACCGGGUACUUCUAUACAAUGGACAGCUGGAUAUAAUUGUUGCUUUUCCUUUGACUGAAAGUUUUGUGGACGCUCUGAACUGGAAUGGUGCCCAGGAUUAUAGAGUUGCUCCAAGAAAACCAUGGUUUGUUGGAAAUGAACUCGCUGGUUAUUCGAGAGUAGCAAAGAAUUUGAAUGUGCUUUUGGUUAGAAAUGCUGGUCAUAUGGUACCAAUGGACCAACCAAAGUGGAGUGUGGAUUUUAUCACCAGAUUCACCAGGGGCAAACCUUUUUAAGUAAGUUCCAUUUGUUAUGUUUUCA